AUGGUGGUCCCCGCUCUUCGGCUGGUCCUCCGAGCUGGACUACGUCGGGACGACGCCAGCGAGCCAGCCGGCGGCCGAUCAGGACGAGAAUCGGCCGGAUCUGGAUGCGAAGUAGGCCAGAUCUCGAUUCUCCCCGGGCUGCUUCACCGCCGAGAAGGCCAAGCAACUCCGGAUGCUGACCUCGGGGACGUCGGCGCACCACGACGUGAUGUACCACUCCGCCAUCGCCUCCCGCCUCGCCUCCGACUUCAACAGCAAGAACAGCAACAGCUCCUCCUAGCCUCCGCCUCGCUUCGCUGUUCGAUUUCCCCUCUCACGCUUUGUCCCUCUCGUGUAAGGUAA